AUGCCAGAAGUGUCAACCGAACUCCUCGAUGUUGCUACCAUCGGCGCGGAGAAAACUGUGUUGGAGAUUGGAUUCGGGUGCUUCAACUAUCCCGGUACGCCGAUGUCAACCAAUGGGGUGCCAGACAUCCAUCUAGUGACCGGCGAGAUGGUCCAGAAGUAUCUCGAACAAUUCGCCAUAGAGAGUGAUCUCAUGCCCCUUAUUAGAUUGAAUAGUUGGGUCGCGAAGACUGAGCGCUGUCCGCGUGGAUGGAGACCGACAGUCAACGGCCGUCAUAUCGAAUCAACAAAGCUGAUUUUUGCUUGCGGCGUCCCUUCCGUCCCAGCCGAGGCGCCUUCCAAGGUAGAGCCUGGUGCUAUUGUAGCCCAUUCUCGAGAUAUUGCCAAGAUAUUGCACACUCUAGAAGCAUCCCACGAUGUUGUGGUGCUGGGAGCAGGGAAGUCGGCAUAUGAUGCAGCCCAUCUGCUCUGCUCUAUGGGCAAGCGUGUUACCUGGAUCAUCCGACCUGAUGGUUGUUUCUACCCGCUUGAUGAGCUAUCUUAG